AUGUCUAAGCUGGAUGACUUCCUAGACGAGAUCGUCAAGGUACACAUGAAGCAGCUCGAUCCAGAGGCAAUAGUCGAAGAAGAACAGUCUGCUCCGGUCAGCUGGUCGGAGAUGGCCUUCAUCGGAGUGAUUUUGCUGCUGGUGUGCUACAUCGCUGCGGACUACUUGUAUCCAUACUUCGAGACCUACGUGCUUCGCAAGAAGAAGAAGCGGCCUCUCCCGAAGGCUGCCGGCCCUCGGAAGAAAGGAUAA